UAUGAUAUGGUCUACAGAGGAUUUUCUAUCAUUGCCAAUUUUCUUUCACUACAUUUUCUUAACCAGCAUUCAACCUCGAUCUAUAAUAGGCGAUCAUAGAGGCAUCAACCGUAGAUUAACGCCUAAAAAGGCGUCUACUAAACGAAAAUGGCUUACAAAUUGGACAAAGAAAUUCCUUAAAAGAAAUGAACAAGAUGACGAUGAGCAUGGUUCGGUUUUAAAGAAAUAUAAAGCUCGUUACGCUCUUUACAAAAGACUGCCUUUGAAAACGCUCUCCAGAUGGUGGGGAGCUUUUCACAGUUUGGAAUUACCGGUAUGGUUAAGAACUCCCGCCUUUAAACUAUACAUAUGGAUGUUCGGCUGCAAGUUAGACGAAGCAAAAGUACAAGAUUUAAGGCGAUACAGAAAUUUAUGUGAAUUCUUUCGGAGAAGUUUAAAGCCAGGCAUUCGACCAGUCGAUGGAGCCUUUCACUUAACUAGCCCUUGUGAUGGAAAAAUCCUUAGCGUUGGCCGGGUUAAUGAAGACGGAUUGUUGGAGCAAGUGAAGGGAGUGACGUAUUCCUUAAAGCAAUUCAUAGGCACCGAAAUAUGUGCAAAGAAUAAACAUUUUCUGUACCACUGUAUUAUCUAUCUAGCCCCAGGAGAUUACCACCGUUUUCAUUCUCCAACCGAUUGGACUGUGAAAGAACGACGCCAUUUUCCUGGACAGUUAUUCAGCGUUAAUCCCGAAGUGGCAAAGUGGCUUCAGGGAAUAUUUAACUUCAAUGAACGAGUGGUUUACGACGGUAGAUGGCGUUAUGGCCGUUUCAUUAUGAUUCCUGUUGGAGCAACAAAUAUGCUACAAACAAAUGUUAAAUCGGUAACUGAACCAUCGAGCAAGACAUUCUAUAACCGAAAAGGAAAAGGUAUCGAUGUUAAAAAAGGCGAAUUGUUUGGUGAUUUUAACCUUGGUUCAACAAUUGUUUUGGUUUUCGAGGCACCAGAAAAAUUUCGAUUUAAGAUAUCGGCUGAUCAAAAGGUCAAGUACGGUCAACCUCUGGGAAAACUAUGCAAGAUUUGA